CGUACACAUGAUGCUGAUGGUUGCAGCAGAACUAGAAGUUUUGAAUGUCAACAUCUCAUCUAUGCAGAAAGUUCACCUAAAGCUUGAAGGGUCUGAAGAUCAAGAGCAGAGACGUCGGAAUAAAGAAAAGUAUGAAGAGUUCGACAUUAAAAGUAAUGCAUUUGUUCAUAACAUAGGUGAUUCGUCGAAGGAAGAUGUCUCAGACGAAAAUAUAAAUCUGAUGCUGGUGAAGAACAUUCAGCACCAUCAGGUAAUCCUCAGAUCUGUCUCCCUUUUGCAGAGAGUGAUGAAUGUAUCAAUCUUCAUCCUUCUUUUCGUCAAUAUGACUGGGUUGUGUUCCUGUCUGUUCAUUACAGCUGUGCUGUUGCAGAGAGACGGGAGUCUGGCAAAGGCGUUGAAGUCACUGUUAAGCAUACUACCUCUCUUGUACGAAACUGGCUUGUACUGCAUCUUCGGGCAGAUUUUAACGGAUCAGAGUGAAAAGCUAGUCAACUCGACCGUCAGCUGUGGCUGGGCAAAUUGCGACACCCGCUUCAAGAGGAGCCUCCUGGUUUUCCUGACGGUGGCUGGGCGGCCUUUGGAAAUCAUUGUGGGCAAGAGGAGCAAGCUGUCCAAAGAGACGUUGGUUCAGGUGCUGAACGGAUCGUAUGGAUUGCUGAACUUGCUAUAUCAUUUUCAUAACACUCAGUGAAAUUAAACAAUACCGAAAGUGUUGUGAAAUCCGAACUAACGUUAAGAAAUGCAACGUAGAAUAUUUUUUCCUG